CUUCACAGCUGCUCCGAAGCUCCUGUGCUACCUCAGCCCACACCAUGACCUCCUGCUACAUCAGCUCAUCCCGCUGUCUGGGCAGCACUCAGAUGCCCGAAGCUGCAAAUGUCUGCGGUUCCUGCAUUGACGUUGGGGGCCAGCCCGGGGCAGAGGCCAAGGCUGCCUCCCUGUGCCUGUCUGCCACCCUGGCACAUGCCAACAGGAUGCCUGUGGGGACAACUCCUCUGGGCCGACCCAGCCUCUGUGUACCCUAUAGCUGCCAAACCGCUUGCCCCUUGCCAGGGACCCGCGACAUUCCCGGCAACAUCGGAGUGUGUGAGAACUAUGGGGAAGGCGCCCCGAACGGGCACGAGAAGGUGACCAUGCAGUUCCUGAACGACCGCCUGGCCAACUACCUGGAGAAGGUGCGCCAGCUGGAGCGGGAGAACGCGGAGUUGGAGACCAAGAUCCGAGAGUCGAGCAAAUGUCACGAGUCCAGCGUGUGUCCAGACUACCAGUCGUACUUCCGGACCAUUGAGGAGCUCCAGCAGAAGAUCCUGUGCAGCAAGGCUGAGAAUACCAGGCUGGUAACUCAAAUUGACAAUGCUAAGCUGGCUGCCGAUGACUUUAGAAUCAAGCACGAGAGUGAGCUGUCCCUACGCCAGGUGGUGGAGGCGGACAUGUGUGGGAUGCACAAGCUCCUGGAUGACCUGAGCCUGGCCAAGGCCGACCUGGAGGCCCAGCAGGAGUCCCUGAAGGAGGAGAUGCUCUGCCUCAAGAGCAACCACGAGCAGGAAGUCCACAUCCUGAGGGGCCAGCUAGGGGACAAGCUCCAGAUUAAGCUGGAUGCGGAGCCCACCGUGGACCUGAGCAGGGUGCUGGACGAGAUGCGGUGCCACUACGAGGCCAUGAUGCAGACCGGCCGCAACGACGUGGAGCAGUGGUUCCAAGAUCAGUCCGAGAGCAUCAGCAAGCAGGACAUGUCCUGCUCCAAGGAGCUGCAGUGCUGCCAGUCGGAGAUCCUGGAGUUGAGGCGCACGGUGAACGCUUUGGAGGUGGAGCUUCAGGCCCAGCACAGCCUGAAGGACUGUCUGCAGAACUCCCUGUGUGAGUCGGAUGCACGCUUUGGCACCGAGCUGGCCCAGAUGCAGAUCCUGAUCCGUGAUGUGGAGGAGCAGCUGUCUGAGAUCCGGGCUGACCUGGAGCGGCAGAACCAGGAGUACCAGGUGCUGCUGGACGUCAAGGCCCGGCUGGAGAGUGAGAUUGCCACAUACCGGAAACUUCUGGAGAGUGAGGAUUGCAAACUCCCCAUCAAUCCCUGCUCUACGGCUGCUGCCUGUGUCCUUCAUCCAAGCUGUGUCCCAGCCACCUGCCCUCUCUAAGCAAGUGGCCUCAGCACUGAGAAGUGAUUCUGAAGGUCUGAGUGCUGGUGCAGAAGGUCAAGGCUAGUUGUACCCAGGCUAGGAUUGCCUUCACCUGCUCAUUAGCCUUUCUUCCAGGAAGACUGAACUCACUGGAGGCAUGUUCACUAAAUCAGAGCAUAACAGAAACUUCUAAGCCAUGGCUCCCUGUGUGUCCCCACACCGCAUCUGCCCCCCCCCCCCCCCUUCCAAUGCUAUCAUUGUCUUUCACUUAAGCUAUCAUUUGAUCCCAGUACCUCUUCUGGGAUUUGCCUUCUAGUCCUAUGCUUCAGAGUCUCCUAAGAUGUAAUUGGGUUCCUGUAUGAAACGGUCAAUAAAUCUCCUUCCUGUA